AGAUCCCAAGAAAAAGGAACACAAUAUCACAAUCAUCAUCAUCAUGGCUCGAUCUCUGUUAUUAUUAUGCUUAAGUCUCUUUCUUCUCGCCUGUCUUGUUCCAACAGCAACAUCAAGAUCAAGAAGAUCAUCGAAACAAUCUUUGUCCAGCAACAUUCAAUGGUGGUGCGAUCGAACUCCACACCCAGAACAAUGCAAAUUCUACAUGAUGAGCCACAACCACCAUGGUCAGAGGCUGAAGCACAAGUCCAAGUUCAGAGUCAAGCUGGUUCAGCUAGCUCUGGAUCAAGCCAAGUACAUGAAAUAUAAUGCUCCUGGUGGCCGUGUCGGCUAUGAAGAAAAUGGCGACUCAGAGAAGCUGAAAGCUGUGUAUGGUGAUUGCUUCAAGCUCUACGAUAACACCAUCUUCUAUUUGAACCAAACCCUCCUAGGGCUCAGAUCAAAACGUCGUCGUGGUUGCUCCGCCAUGGACGCUCAGACAUGGCUGAGUGCUGCUCUCACCAACAUACAAACUUGCAAGAAUGGAGCUAAAGACUUAAAGCUCAGAGUGCCACAAUUUACGGAGUCAAAUACUGAGUGUUACAAUGUCUCCAAGAUGAUAAGCAAUAGCUUGGCGAUAAACGCAGCGUUUCUGACAAGAUCUGAGAAACGUGAGCUUUAUAGUAAUGCCAUGGAGAACGAGGGGCAUGGAUUUCCCAGGUGGGUUUCAAGGAAGGAGAGGAAGCUGGUGACAGUGACGGCGGCGAAGAUAAAGGCCAAUCUGGUGGUGGCGAAGGACGGGACCGGGCAUUUCAGGACGGUGCAGGCGGCGAUAGACGCGGCGGCGAAGAGGAGGUACAAGACGAGGUUUGUGAUAAGAGUGAAGAGAGGGGUUUAUAAGGAGAAUAUUGAAGUUGACAAGACUAAUGAAAAUAUAAUGUUGAUUGGUGAUGGUAUGAGACAAACUGUGAUUACGGGUUCUAAGAGCGUUUCAGAUGCUAUUACCACCUAUAGCAGUGCCACUGCCGGCAUAGAUGGCCCUCACUUCAUUGCACGUGACAUAACAUUUCGAAACACAGCUGGCCCUCGCAAGGGACAAGCAGUGGCACUCCGAUCAUCCUCCGAUCUCUCCGUCUUCUAUCGAUGCAGCAUCGACGGUUAUCAAGACACUGUCAUGGCUCAUGCACAACGUCAAUUUUACAAAGGAUGUUACAUAUACGGAACUGUGGAUAUCAUCUUUGGCAACGCCGCCGUAGUUUUCCAAAACUGCGUAAUUCAAGUAAGAAGGCCAUUAUCGGGCCAGGCCAAUAUGAUCACGGCCCAAGGUCGGGGCGACCCGUUCCAAAAUACCGGCACCUCAAUACAUAGUUGCAUAAUUAAAGCUGCAGCAGACCUCAAGCCCGUUGCGAGCUCUAUCGCGACCUACCUAGGUCGGCCUUGGCAAGAAUACUCUAGGGUUGUGGUGAUGAGGUCCUACAUAGACUCAAUGGUGAGCCCAUUGGGCUGGUCUACAUGGGGAAAUACCAAUUUUGCCCUGAAUACAUUGUAUUUUGGAGAGUAUAAGAACUUUGGACCGGGUUCAUCCACAAGAAAUAGAGUAAAAUGGAAAGGCUUUCAUAUCAUAACUAGGGCAAGUGAAGCGUCUAGCUUCACUGUGAAUGGUCUCAUUGCUGGGAGUACAUGGUUGCCAUCAACUGGAGUUCCUUUUACUUCAGGUCUAUAGCUAAAUUUAAUUUUAUGAUUAAUUAAGCGAUGACAUUUUAAUUAUAUUUGACUCGAUGUUUAAGUUGUAUUAUAAUUUAUUUGGAGGAAAUCAUAACUACAAUAUUCUUUUGUACA